CCGGAGGGGAGAGACGCAGUACAGCCGAGUGGAGGUGGAGUCUGAAGGUGGGGAGGGAGAAGAAAGGGGAGAGGAGGAAAACGGGGAAAGGCAGAUACAACAGAAACGGGGGGAGGACGGUGGAUGAUUUACGCUUCAAAAGUUGUAUUGCACCAGAUUGGACAGUUGCGGCGAAGAGGAAUAAAACAAGAUGAUAAUGCCCUACUUCCUAGAGAAUUUCUGGGGGGAAAAAAAUAAUGGCUUCGACGUGCUCUACCAUAACAUGAAGCAUGGCCAAAUAUCUUCCAAGGAGCUUACAGACUUCAUCAGAGAAAGGAGUACUAUUGAAGAGGCCUAUGCCAGGUCAAUGACCAAACUUGCCAAGUCAGCUGGCAACUUUUCUCAGCUUGGGACAUUUGCUCCAGUAUGGGAUGUGUUCAAGAGCUCAACAGAGAAGCUGGCCAGCUGUCACAUGGAGCUAGUGAGGAAACUACAGGAACUUAUAAAAGAGGUUCAGAAGUAUGUGGAAGAGCAGGCCAAAGCACACAAAAAGACAAAAGAAGAGGUGGCGUCCACGCUGGAGGCCGUCCAGAACAUCCAGACCAUAUCUCAGGCUCUGCAGAAGUCCAAGGAGAUCUACAAUGCCAAAACUGUGGAGCAGGAGCGCCUCCGCAAAGAGGGGGCCACCCAGAGAGAUGUGGACAAGGCUGGAGUGAAAGCCAAAAAAGCCACAGAGACCUACAAGUCAUAUGUGGAGAAAUAUGCCACAGCUAAGUCAGAAUUUGAACAGAAGAUGGCAGAAACUGCACAGAAAUUCCAAGACAUUGAAGAAAGCCACAUUCUCCACAUGAAGGAGAUCAUUCAGUCGUACUCGCAGUCUGUUGACGAGACUCACAUUCAGAUAGGAGAGCUCCACAACGAAUUUGUGAGAAACAUUGAAAACACCUCGGUGGAGAGCUUAAUACAGAAACUGGCCGAGAGCAAAGGAACGGGCAAGGAGAGGCCAGGACCCAUUGAGUUUGAGGAGUGCAAUACAGCUAUUGCUACUGAAGGUGCUAAACCCAGAAAGCGAAAACCAUUCGGCAUCCCAGGUCGCAGGAAAGACAAGGACACAGACUCCACGGAGUCUACAGAAGUUGAAGCUGCUAACACUGCCAAUGGCGCUCCCCCUGGAUACUAUGGGGCCAUAGACAUUCAGAAUGCUAACGUUCCCCAAGUUGAUGCAGAGGGCUUCUGCAUCAGACCAGAAGUAAAUGAAAACGAUGCCAAAGAGAAUUCCUUCUACUCGUCCAGUGACUCGGAGGAUGAAGACGAACCCAGGAAGUUCCACGUAGAGAUCAAGCCGGUUCAACCAAACAACGGCACGCACCAGAACCGAGCCACCAUUGAUGAGCUUAAAGCCUCCAUCGGAAACAUCAUCCUGUCGCCCUCAACCUCGGGACAGAUGCGGAGGAACCAGUCCAGGAUCUCAGGAGUACCUACAUUAAGCUCUAAGGCUCAGGGUCCUGGUGAUGAGCUGGCAAAACCCAGAGUGCCAACAUCGUAUGAGCUGACCAACAACGACCUUCUGUCUCUGGACCCAUUCAGCCCGACUCUACCAGCAGGCUCCUCCUCCUCUGUGUCCUCAUCAACAGACCUUGCCUCUGUUUUCCUUUCAAUCCCUCCAUCUCCAUCUUUUCUGAUGAAUGACUCAGACGUCUUUCUGCCAGAGGCAUCAGCUGAGACGGUGCAGCAGCGGGAGCGUUCUCCUCCAUUAGCAGAGAGCCAACAGUCCAAAGAUGUCUCCUCUUUCUCUUCAUCCACAUCCUCUCCCUGGGACUCACCAGAAAACACUUUCCAAGAGCUCAAACCCGUACCAGCGCGGGCCCAGAGCGCCCCCAUCACCCUGCCGACUGACCCCAUCAAAAGCCCGCUUGCUGCCAGCCCUCCAAAGAGCGUUGAUGCUGUCUCCUCCGUGUCCUGGUCCCAGAGCCAGUGGAUCGCUUUCAGUGAUAAUUUUGCCCCACCUCGUCGUCAGGGCUCGGGGUUGAGCGUGAAGGAGCUCCAGAGGCCUCAGUCCAGCUCCGGCAGGUCAAGUCGCUUCUUCUCUGAUGACUCUGCUGACGCCUACUGCAAAGCACCAGGCAGCCGAGCCGACGGCAUCUCCUGUUUCUCCGAUGUCUUUACUGGGAUUACAGAUAGGGUGAUGACUGCAGCUCCAUCAAGCAAAAUAUUCAAUGUGCCAGUACCGAACCGACCAACGACUCCGCUGACAGCCGGAGCCCUGGUGCCCCCACCACGACCCUCCUCCAGACCCAAACUCCCCACUGGAAAACUCACAGGAAUCAAUGAGAUUGUACGGCCGUUCAGCCCGCCCAAAACGUCCAACGCCAGUCCUCCUCCUACUGCACCGCUCGCCCGAGCAGAGAGUUCCUCCUCCUUGUCCUCGAAUGCCUCACUCAGUGCAGGCAACACCCCCACUGUUGGAUCUGAGCACACCUUUGCUCACCCCCUCUCCUCCCCAGAGCCAGAGCUGCUCUCCCUUUCUCCUUUCUUUCUACUAAGCCAAAAGGAUGAUGUGUUUAUAGCGAAGCUGCCUACCUUUGAGAAGCGGUGUGAAACACCAGCAGGGACGUCUCGCGGUCCCAGCCCUGUGACCCUGGCAUCCCAAGAUGCUUUGCCCAUUGCCGUGGCCUUCACAGAGUCGGUUAAUGCUUACUUCAAAGGAGCUGAUCCCACUAAGUGCAUUGUGAAGAUCACGGGUGACAUGACUCUGUCGUUCCCCUCGGGCAUCAUCAAGGUGUUCACCACCAACCCCUCCCCGGCCGUCCUCACCUUCAAACUGAAGAACACCAGCAGGUUGGAGCAGAUCCUACCCAACCAGCAGCUGUUAUACAGUGAUCCUUCCCAAAGUGACUCGAAUUCCAAGGACUUCUGGUUUAACAUGCAAGCACUGACGUCCUACCUCAGAAAAGUCUCAGAUCAGAAUCCUUCAGCUUCCUACUAUAACGUGGACAUCUUAAAAUACCAGGUGCUGUCUGAUGGGAUCCAUUCCACUCCUCUAAACCUGGCAGUAUACUGGAAGUGUACAUCGGGAACAACGGACCUGAGGGUGGACUACCGCUACAACCCAGAUUCCAUGGCCUCUCCUGGGCCGCUCACCAACAUACAGAUCUUAGUGCCUGUUGAUGGAGGAGUCACCAACAUGCAGUCUCUGCCCAACUCCAUAUGGAAUUCAGAGCAGAACAAGUGUUUGUGGAAGCUGAGUGACAUCUCAGAAAAAUCUGAAAAUGAAGGUGCCGGAUCUCUGAGGGCCAAGUUUGAACUGUCAAAUGGCCCAUCAAACCCCUCUACUCUGGCAGUGCAGUUCAUGAGUGAGGGGAGCACCCUGUCCGGAGUGGACAUGGAGCUACAGGGGAGUGGAUACAGACUUUCUCUCAGCAAGAAGAGAUUUGCCACAGGACGUUAUAUGGCAGAUUGCUGAGGUGUUCCACCACUCUGGUCCCCAAGAGGAGAAAAAAAAAAUUCACACAAAACUUGGCAACUCUGCAAGGCCUCCUGAACCUCUGGAUCCAUCUGAGCACCGUGGUGCUUUUUCCCAGGAGGCGAGAAUCUCACUACAAUAAAACAGCACUGAGUAUUGAACACUGUUUAAAAAAAAUAAAAGAAAACUAAGAUGAGCUUUCAGGAACUGUGUAGAUAUGAAGUCUAAUAUUGCUUUCUGAUCAAUUCACUUUUGUAUAGUCAGAAACAAUUUAUGGAUUAGAUAUAAAUCUAUAUUGUAUUUGAAAUCAUAAAAAAAGAAAAAAAAAAAGUGCACUAACAAUCUUUCAGAUGCUCUUUUUCCUCUUACGUUCAUUUUUCGAGAGCCUAAAAGAAAUAUAAAACAAAACAACUUCUGUGUGGAAGAGAAGAAAAGGUUUCUCCUUCUGAACUGUAAAUAUUAACACUCAAUAUUCUGCUCGACCAGCUCUGACUUAUCAGUUUUGUUUGAUGAUUACUCUCUUUUCCUCCUCAUGACUUGUCUUUUUUGAUCAUGUGCAAUGAAGCCAUGAAGGUAGAAUCUGUCUUUAACAGUAUGAAUCCUCUCUCACACUCUUGUGGCACAAGCUUGAUCUUAAAAAUAACAUUGAAGUGCUUUCAAACAAAUGCAAAAAAAAAAAAAAAAAAAAAAAUCUGACCUCAGUGCCUCCUCUUAUACUGUGGAUAGAUAGGCAACAAAACUGCGUCAAUGUUUUUACCCAGGUUUGGGUUUCCAGAUUUAAGCUACAUUUCUCUGUGGUUUUUAAAUAAUUAGUGCAGCCUUUUUCCUGUGUAAAUUCCCCUUUCAGUCGCUUGUCUUUUUACAUUUUAAGCCCUUAAUUUUUAUUCUUCAUAAAAAAACAAAUUGCUCAGCAAUCUUGACUGUAAAACAUUGUGUCAAAUGUUAGAUGCUUUAAAAAAAUCAAGGGUCAUUACCCAGAACUCUUUUUUUUUUAAACUGGCAGUGUUUUUUAAUCAUACUUUUGUGCCCUAUUAAUUGAGAAAUGUGCCUGAAUCUAACUUUUCUCUACCUUUUUUGUAUACUACAGCACAGUUAAUGAGAAAAGCACCAACAAUGUGCCAGUUGUGUUUUUUACUCCUUUAUUUGGAUACUGAAGGGAAAUUGUCUCCUCUUUUUACAAGCCAACUGUCUUCCAGAAAUGAAUUAGUCAUGUUUGCCUUCUGUGGUUGAGUUUUAUCUUUAAACUCUCUUUUAUCUUUUUUAUUCUUUUCUGUCCAAUAGUCAUCGGUUGACUUCAACCUGUCAUGCAGUCACUGUGCAGCAGGUGAACAGUAGCACAAUAAGGCCAAAUUAAUGAUUGAAAUGCCUUAUCACAGCUACUCUAGACUGAGUAAUCCAUUGUUGUGUCUGUGGUUAGAUAUUGUGACACAGUAUUGCCGUUGCCCUGUGAUAUAUUACUGACCUGUCCUGCCUCUCACCAAGUGUAUGCUGGGAUAAGCCUCGGCAAAUGUGCGAGAGCAAAUGUAAAGAGCACAAGCGGGUACGGAAAAUGGAUAGGUGGGAAAAUGCCACGUUUCACUCUUGGUGCUUCGUUCUUGACUUUUACCAAUGGAGGGCUGCUGCUGUAGAGGCUGUUGUACUUCUGGAUGAAGUAUUUUAUGUUGUGUAGGACGUGUUGUCAUUAACCACAUCAUCGCCAUGAUCCUUAAAUUGGUUGAUGCGUUGGUAUGUGACGUCUGGAGAUGCAAUAAGUUGCCUGGAAGCUGUGAUUGAAAAUCAAUGAAACCUUUUAGGGCAGGAGUUUCAUACACUGUGCAUCUUGUGGCCAACUGACCUCUCAAAUAAGAUUUUUAGAAACAUCCUUUCACAUCAGGCUUAUGUUUUACCAUAUCCUCAGAUAAAAUGUGGCUCACUGUAGUUCUUAACUGGUUUACAGGGGAUUUAAACUCAUAUCCAUAUUUGAUUCAUUCAUGUCUCACUUAGGAGCUGUUGGAAAUGCAUGAUUCAUUUGAUUUCAGUCAUCAUAUCUGGCCAGGGUGAUUAUAUGUAAUCAUCAAUUUGUAAUGUUUUUAAUGUUUUGUAUGAUUCUUUUAGUAUCUGGUUGAAGACUCAAGCCUUUAAUAAUAAUUUAGAGCCAGGCACUAAUCUUAAAUGGAUGUGAUGGAAAUGGCCAUUUAGGUUCUGUCUGACUUAAAUUUAGUGUUUGAUGCUGAACUUUAAUCAGCCAAAUGUCUGAGGGUAAUUGAAAUGAGUUUACAUAAAAUAAUCCUAAAAUUGUAGCACCAGACAUUUAUACAGCAAAAAAAUCAACAUAUUGCUCCAUGUUCUCUCUUAAUUAAUUAUAUCAGUGGUUUUGCUCAGACAAACCAAAUGCGUCAAGACAAAAAAAAAAGAGUACACAGACUCUGUAAUUAUUUUCAGUAUUAGCAAGCUGGUUCUUGCUGCCCCCACAAAACCUUCAAAAUAAAUUUCCAAGGCUCAUUUUUUGGUCACUUUCACUUUCUUUCUUUAUAUGUUCUAUUAAACAGAGUUUAAAAAGAGCAAAAUUGUGUAAAUCAUAAAUUGUACAUUUUUACCAAUAUCAGCCACUUUUUGUCUCUACUUUAUGAUUUCUCAUUGUGCCUGUAUUAAAUGUGUAAUAUAUGAAUAUAUACAAAUAUAUGAAAAUGACUACUUUAA